CUAAGAUGGGUAGGGCCUAGGUGGAAAAGUUAGUUUUAAUUUGACAAGUAGCAUGAUUACCCUUAAAAAUUAUAUCUCACAAACCUGCGUCUUUUGUAGCUGAUCAACUAAAUUAGAAGAAAAGUUUUGCACAAACUAUAUAGAAACUAGUUUGUCUACAACCUACGUGAAAAAAAAGCCGCUCAAUAUAGGAUCUCCCGUGACGAAGCAGAUUUGAGGGAAAUUGUCUAAAGAGAGAUCAAUUUGCCCGGUCCGCGUGUGCCGAGCCGCUAAGGGAUGGAACAUAACAGUGCUUUUGAGAUCUAGGAAGGAAAAGCAUGUCCAGAUUUGUGAUAGCCUGUUUUUGGCAGGCGGUCCUAUUUUGGACAGUCUCUUUAGGGAUUAAUACAAAUUUCACCACUCGACUGUUGGGAGCGUCUCGUUCUUUCACAGUCUCGGAGUCCAUAGAAGACACCACACAAAAUUAUUCUAUUGGAGGGCAAAAUUUCUCUUUCUCUCUCUGGCUGAAGACCAACACAACGGGAGGGAAUUUGGUCAGCUGUGUAACAAACAGUGGAGGAAACGACGUUAAUCAUUUUGUUAUACAAGUCGCAGACGAUGGCACCCUAGAAGUCCAAACGUCCAAUGGAAACCUUCGGACAACACCACGAGUGGUAGAUGAUUUCAUAGAUCACACUGUUGUGGUGACAUACAACACUGAGGGACUUACUAUCCUCCUGGACGACUGGACAUUUGAGAAUUCGUCCAUUGCGAUUCAGUCCCAAAUUUGCAGCCAGCUGAUACUUGCGGGACAAUUUGACGGGGAACUGAAAGAGGUUUACUACAGCAAUCGUGGUUGGGAUUCACAGGAAGCCAAGGGCAUAGUUGCUGAACCUUACAUAGGCUGUUUUGAGGAGCGCGUGAAGGACAGAGAAUUCGUGGCAACCCCGGGCACGUACACCCCAGCCCUACUCACGGCGACGGAAUGCCGCAGAUUGUGCGCACUCAAUCGAUUUCGAUACGCUGGUUUAUUCAUGGGGACGAAGUGCUAUUGUGGUGCGACUUUUGGGCGCCACGGUCCUUCUGCUACAACCAAUUGUGGUUCUGUUUGCGCUGGAAACACGAACGAUGCUUGUGGUGGAAACAGCCAAGUCAUCAGUGUCUACAGAUCCAAGAACCUGUUGACUGAGAGCUAUACCAGUAUCGUAAUCACCAAACUAGAUACCGUCCGGAGAGUUUACAAUGAGACUUCUCUGGAAGCAGCUCUCGUUACCAGCAACGGUGCGGCCGAUAGCUACUCAUUCGUCAUAGGCGACGGGACAAAUAUCCGCAAUCUUGAAGAACUGGGUGUUCAACAACAUAAAUUCCGACUUCCAGGAAAAAUUCCGGUUACAGUAACUGCCACGGACAGCUUUGGGACCACUCUACGGGGCGCCAUCGUGGCAAGAGUGGAGUACGCCAUAGAAAACGCCGAGCUGAUUUGCCCAACACAUGUGUCGAAUGUGGAAUUUUCUUGCCGCCUGAGAAUUGGCCAAGGUUCAAACAUGAACGCUCUGGUGAAUUUUGGAGACGGUUCCAGGACGUCCUUUCGUUUACCUGAUACCAAGACAAUAGUUCUAGGGAGCAUUGAAUCUGGGGAUGCCACUACCUUGGCAAUGGAACCAGGGCUCUUACUGCUCCCCCAACUAAUGUUUAGGGACAAUGGCACAAUUACUGCCUUUGAAAUGAACAUGAAGACUGCUGGAACUGUUAACAUACAGAUAUACCGACCAUACUGUGGGAGUGGCACAGUUUACUGCUACCAGGCAAACGCCUGCAUAUCCGAGUUGGCAAACUGCAAAGCCCAGGCAGACAUUAUGACUACCUCCCGGUGCAGCAACGGGAAAACCUUCAAUCUAGGCAACCGUAAGUGCACACAGAGAGGAACCGGUGCCGUCGAUGAGGAUUUCUCGUAUGGCUAUCUGCCACUUUCGUACUAUCUGGUGGAGGAAUAUUCCUUUGGCGUUGAGGCAACUGGGGUGCAACUGGUGAACGUCACAGAUUUUGAGAAAGUGGCGGUUGAAAAAGGCGACAUCCCUGCAGUAUUUGUUUCCAAUGACAACGGCGUGGGUAGCAUCGCUGUCAUGGACGCGAGUGUUAAUAAAGGCAGCGUUUUUAUUCAGGACCCAACAUCACUGACAAAUUUCACCGAUAGAAAUUCCAGCCAAGUCGUGAUAACACCUGGGGACGUUACCGGGAAUGUAACUCGAAAGUUGUUGCUCAAGGUGUACACCGUGAGACCCUUGAAUGUUCGAGCACCGCAUUCAUACACGAUGGUGAAUUCGAACCAGGUUAACAUCAGUGCUUCUAUAAACAACAGCAUAUCUUCAGUACAUCUGACCGCGACAGUCACAGUCCGCAUCCCGGUGGCCAAUUUGUCCAUCGUCGCAGAUGAUGCCGGUGAAACGUUCCAACAUCUCAGUGUAACAAUUCCGGCCCAUCCCGGCACCGCUGUCACUUACACGUGGGACUGGGGUGACGGCACACCUGACACUGUGACCACAGCGCGCUACACGACACACUUGUAUUCACAGCCGGGAAUCUAUAAUGUCACACUGAACGGCGCCAAUGAAGUCAGCAGCGAAACGGUGAUGAAAUCCAUCACGAUUCAAGAUGCUGUUGAAUACCUUCAUGUUGAUCUAGAUAAGCCAAUAGCUACCGUGUUCGGAGAAACCACUGCUUUUGUUAUCAGUCUGUCUCAAGGCACAGAUGUCGCGCUACAAGUCGACUUUGGUGACGGGUCGAGUUACAACAUCAGCAACUUGGCAAUGGAGGCCAACGUAGCAGUUGACCCUCCGGCUCUGUGGCACUUUCACCGCUCCCCAGGACUUGAUAUUAACACCGCUGUCGUCAAUUCUACCGCCGGUGUCGACGAAGAACAAUGUUUCAAGGAAUGUGUUGUAUCAGAGAUGACCGGUGCGGACUGCUUGGCCUUCAUCACAAUACCCACGGCGUUAGCGUGUAAUUGGUACGGGGAGUCGUUGUGGGACUCCCCUAUGAAGCUCCUCAAGUCGGAUCCAGAGAACACUCUAUACACAGUCGAUAGACGACGUUUCCAUAAAGAUCUCCUGACCUUGGUGCCAAGUGACAAAGUUUCCUUCUCAGACAAUGGUACCGAAUACAGUGGCAUCAAUUUGACGAGGAUCGGAGAUCCAUCGUUCACUCAACCUAUCAGUGAUGCUACCUCCCUAACAUACAAGAUCCGGCUGCCCAGUAUAAGCAAGCUUGUGGGGAUACAAUUACAAGGCAACCCUUCCCUCGAUAACUGGGUGACAGACUUCAUUCUCUCCACCAGUCUAGACGGAGUAGUAUGGGAACCAGCAAAUAUUUCGUGUCCGAACUCCGGAUGCGGCAACACUGACCGUAAUGGAGUGAUAUCUCGCGAGCUACCUUGGACUAUAGCCAGAUUUGUUAAGUUCCGACCAACGGCUGCAAAUGGCCGAGCAGAUUUUCGAAUUGGACUAUCUGGGAUUAUAGCUGUAACACAGCGUUUAAUGGUCAACCACACCUACAAUGCACCAGGUACUUACAAUGUGACCAUAACUGGCAACAACUUGAUAAACGCUAUGACAGACUCCCUCUUAUCCAGGGUUCAAAUUCCAUUAACAAAUUUCACUCUUCACACCCCGAACACAGCACGUUUUGGCGACAACAGCCUAGUCACGUUCACCGCAAGUACUGGAACUGGUGUGGAACUUGCCGGCACGUUUCUUGGAAACCCUAUAGCUUUAAAUGACUAUAACCCCUUGACUCUAACCGGUUCAUUUAACGUUCUCGCACCUGCUAUUGGUGGUCAUGACGUUAAUGUUUCAGCAUAUAACUGGGUUAGUCCAGUACAAUAUCAACACACUGUGGUUUGGGCAGACUACGCUAUUACCAACCUAAGCGUUACAACCACAAUUACAUUGAUUCCGUCAGGUUCGCAGAUCCAGUUUACCGUUAGUAUGGACCUUGGCUCCAGAAUAUCAAUCGAAGCAGAUUUUGGUUCUGGGUUAGAAGUUCUUGAUCAGAAAGACCUAAUGACAGCCAACACUCCCUUCAACGUCAGCAGGUCAUUUGAAACCCCUGGAAUGAUUCCAGUUUCAUUUACCAUCAGCAAUGAUGUAAGCUCUGAAACAGUUGUCAUUCCGAUAUUUGUGCAAAACCUGGUUCGCGGUUUGACCGUCACCACUAACAGCCCCCGCCCAAUACCUUUUGAAAGUAAUGGUUUGGUCACUUUUAGUGUUAUCUAUUCUGGGAACAACUCUGAAAUUCCAACAAACGCCAGCAUCAGCUUUGACUAUGGUGACAACUCGACCGAAAUUCAAGAGCUGACAGUUAUGUCAGAUAAUGGUACAUUUGUGACAAAAAUAGACAGCUCAACGACGUUUGAUGUUUCCCAUAGCUACACCGGCUUUGGCACUUUUUCCGCAAACAUCAUCAUUGCCAACGACGUAGGUAAAAUGUCAUUUUCCAAGAUAGUUGUCGUUGAUGAAGUAAUUGAGGGCUUGGCACUGACACCAAGUAAUUUGCUUCUCACAGUUGGCGAAAACACUACUUUUAUCGUGACAAAGACCUGGGGAACGAGGAUGAACUGUAACUUUGAUUUCGGUGACGGAACAUCAAACGGCAACACGUAUGUAACAAGAAACGAAGAGAAUACAAUCUCUCAUCAGUAUUCAAAGCCCGGUGUGUUUCGUCCGUCAGUUACGGGCGAAAAUUCAAUAGAUUCUGCAACAGCGUCCCUCGUUCCGGGCCGAACGAUUAUCGUGCAGCAUGGGGUGCAAGACUUUUCAUUAAGUGGAAAAAGCAUGGGGCUGCUUCCACUGGAGGCAAAUCCUAGAAUAAUCGAGAAAACGUUCAGUUUGACUUAUCCACCAGGAACCACGCUGCCGACAAAUGCAUCGUAUGUAAUUGAUUAUGAUGACGGAACCGUUUCAGAGAGCACUUUGCUGACCUGUUCAGAGCAUAGUCUCUCUGACUCAGUCAAAGAGUGUAUUCGUUUUGGCCCACACACCUACAUCACCCCAGGCACAUACAACGUUACCGUUGUUGUGUCGAACCUUGUAUCCAAAGAGCUGUACUCCUUUGUCCAUGUUAUCUACGAGGAAAUCACCGGACUGGAAAAGUCAGUAUUCUUCAUGAAUAAAACAGAUAAGCAGACGGGAUUCGGCAGCCAGCAGCGAUACUUCCCACUGGAGAAGAAAGUGCUUUUCGUGGUCAACCACACGACGGGGACAGGUGUCACGUACAUUUGGAACUUCGGUGACAACACCCCUUUGGUCACUUCAUCAGUGUCGACGACUGAACAUUUAUUCCAAAGCCCGGGCAACUUCACCGUUACCUUAAAUGCUUCGAAUCCGUUUGGAAACGAAAUAAUCUCUUCUUAUGUUGUUAUGCAGAGAAGCAUUGGGGGCAUUAUAUUUUACGAUGAUAAUGCCCGUGCCAUUAAUGUAUCUCAUCCUUUCUUCAUCGACAUGGGGAGUGUAGGGACAGACGCAUGCUACCAGGUAACAUAUCCAGACCCCAGGGCAACCCCACCUGCCAUUCUCAUCGGCCACGAGGCGCAAUGCCAACUGUCCUUCCCUGAUAAUAUGGAACACUGGACAGCUAAGACGAGCACAGAAUUAGAAUUGACGGGGAGGUUGUCGUUUGCAGUCGUGUUUCAGGUCCUUGGAGCGCAUAAUGCACAUCUUAGCAUUGUUAAUCGUGUGUCGAGGUAUUCAGGUGAGAUGACAUACAAAGUCACACGAGGUCCGUGCUACGACCCUAAAGUGAACUUGACUCGUCUGAACAGUUGUACUGUUGGCCUAGAUUGUGUGAAUAACCAUACCUCCGUUAAGAGACACAAGCGUUCGGAAACCUUAAGGGUGUAUUCGGACGUCACCCUGAACUGUUCCAAUACUGAUAUUGCACAUUUUAAAUGGAAGGUUGAAUAUUUCAGUACUCAUCACUCUGCAUGGGAAGAUGUCACUAACACCAUCGAAAGUCUGGGUGUCGCAGUUAACUCCACUCAACUCCGUACCUUAUACAUAGACGCGUUACAGGUAAAACGAUUGGCAUAUGGACGGUACCGUUUCAGCAUCCAGGUGUCUAUGGACAGCGAAAUCGGGAUAGAGAACUCGGAUUCCGUAGAGAUAGAGAUCGUGCAAACCCCCCUCCAUGUAAGUCUUUUCGGGGGCUCGAGGCAGAGGCGUGGUUAUGGCGUUAACAUUACCUUUAAUGGGUUUGCUAAAUCCUAUGAUCCGGACCUGGUGGAUCUGACUGACAAGUCGGGUAUGUCGUGUCAGUGGUAUUGCAAAAGAUCAACAGAAGCUUGGCCGUGGGAGAGUCAGCCGACCGCCGGCGUCCCGGGCACCUCUGGAGGGUGCUUCCAGACGGGACAGCUCAAAACCCCAGGACUAUUGCCGGAGACACCCGCACUGCCCCCUAGUCCGGAAGAGGAAGCUGACUAUCCGUUCACCCACCAAUACCUACCAAACUGCACCCUUUGGGUGGACACGAAUUAUUUGUUCGAGAACCGCACUCACGACAUCAUGCUAUCCGUGAGGAAGACUGGUAGUAGCACUUCCAUGGAAAGGAUGAUGAACUUUACCCAAAAGGUUGAGAUAGUGAACGGGGAGCCGCCACAACUGCAGUCAACUUGCGUCAGUAAUUGUCGCUCGAAGUUGAACCCAGCCAACAAACUGCUUCUUAAGAGUAAUAUCAUUGGCUGGAAGAGAGGAAUAGAAUACGUCUACAACUGGAGAAUAAUGAACGAAGUUGAUGAAACUUACUGGAAUUCAGAAAAUUGGGAGAAAUUUGCCUCAACUGGCACCAGCAGCGAGAACAUGGCCUUGGAACCAAAUCUCUUUGGUGCAGAGCAUUUUGGAAAACGGUACUGCCUUGUGGUGAGAGCAUACAGACGUACCAGCGGACCGGACAACUACGGGGAAUACUUCUUUUGUUUCGAGGUCAACACCCCGCCCCUAAUAGAUAACGUCAAUUGUAUCCUGACUCCGCGCAGUGGUAUGGCGUUGAAUACCAGUUUUUCUCUCCACUGUAAGGGCUUUCAGGACAAUGAUUUGCCCAUGUUGUACGAAUUGGAGGGAGUGGCUGUUGAUUCACAGACCCCAGAAUUUGACGGCUUUAGAUUAUCAGCUGGCUCGCCAAGUAAUGACUAUAAUAGGGACCUUAUUGUCAAAGCAACGGACAGCAUAAAAUCUACCAGUCAGGAGUUCAAAGUUUCAGUGAAGGUUGAACAGCCGCAGAUGAACAUGGCUGACAUGUCCAACAUGGCAGACAAUCUUAUUGCGGAUUCUAUCAAAUCCGGUGAUCCUGCGCAGACCGCAUCCGUUGUUAGCACUUUUGCAUUAACUCUUAACAUUGGGCCAACGUCGUCGGCGGACGCUAGUGCUGAUACUGGCACUGGUGCCUCAGGUAAUACUGGUGUAACACUUUCCCCCGAGGAGGAACAAAAGAGACGAGAAGAGGAGGCGGCGGCGUUACGGGCGCGACGAGAGCUACGUGCCAAAUUGAUGAAAACAAUGGCCGAUUUGCCUGAACCGAAAGAUCUUGCAGCCACCAAGCAAAUGGCAGCGGUGACCGUUCAGCUGACGGCAAAUCCCAAUGAACUGAUCCCAGAAGCACAGGCUAAUGCUGCCAAGGCGGGAAUCACACUUGCUCAAUCGCUGUUUAAUGUUGCUGGCGACGACAACAACGAUUUAGACGAAUUGGAAAAAGCCGGUGGAAAUGUCCUUAACAUCAUCAGCAACGUUCUACAGGCUUCAUCAACCACAAGCAAUACUUCAACCGAUUCGGGUGCCUCUUCCGAACAGCAAAAAAGCCUACUUGGUAAUAUUGAGUUAAUCAAGGAGAAGAUGUUCAAAGCUAUAGAUCAGAAAGUGAUUACUGGUCAGGCGCCAGUCAGUUUUAACGCUCCCUUCGUUAAUAUGUCCCUGUCCAAAAUCUUCACCUCGGAAAUCACCAAAGCUCCCCUGAAAACUGAUGGUGGUGACGGCGGCGAGUUUCAACUGCCUUCGCCAGACGACAUAUUCAACGAUGACACAAACGGAACCGAGAGAACUUAUUUCGUGUCUGCGCAGGCAUCCGUAGAAGCUUCCAACCCCUACACAUGGACUGUCAUAGGGGUAAACAGCAUGGUUAUUACUUUAAAACUGAAGAACGAAACUGGGGGAGCUAUCAAAGUCGGUGGUUUACCAAACCCGAUUAAAAUGUAUGUGCCAAUGUCUGGGUCGCAAAUCCCAGCGCCAGAACCUCAAAAGACGCAGCCUGUUGGUACCCCUCCCUUGGUUCAUACCACCCUGGUCCCUAUGUCAGGAGCGCUGUUCAUUACCGUGAAUUGCUUCGUUAACGUCACCAGAAAUGAAACUGGGAACUCUACCUCAGAGACACGGAAUUCUACAACGGUUGGGGAGGCAAGUGGGAAUAUGACUGGUGCUGCGAAUGGCACCGAUGACUGUCCUGAGUUGGUGUUUAUUGUGUUUGUCAAGGAAGGCAAUAGGAAAGCUUCAGAAGACAGUUACGACUACACGUGUGUACUCCCGAACCCGGAGACGGAUUCUUUUCCAAACAGGUGUUACUUUGACCACAAGGCACUCAAUACGUCUACUGAAAAACGGUUCAGUUUGUCCGUGAGAGCGGUUGUAUUGGACAACAGCACCAGAGAAGCCUACCGUGACAGGAACGCGACCGCAUUACUGAAGGAUAACUCCACGGUCUCUGCAGGUUAUACUAUGAGCUUGUACUCCAUGGCUUGCCUGUAUAUGGACACAGAGAGAGAUGAUUACUCAGAUGAAGGGUGCACGGUCGGACCAAAAACAACUGUAGACGCCGCACAAUGUUUUUGUGACCACUUGACUUCAUUUGGUUCAAGCUUCUAUGUCCCUAUGAACACUAUCAGGCCAGCGGAUUCUGGUUUCCUAAAGCUGGAUGAAAACCCUAUAGUUUUCUCGUUCGGGGUGGUUGUCCUGUGCCUUUACUUUGUUCUGCUUAUAUGGGCGAGAAAAGCGGACACAAAAGAUAUAGAAAAGGUUGGAGUGACUCCAUUGCCAGACAACGACGCCAGAGAUAAACAAGGCUACGAGAUUAUGGUUUGGACGGGUUCAAGGAAAGAUGCAGGGACUACUGCCCACGUGUCAAUCAUCCUGAGUGGUGACAAGGAUGAGACAGAGCCACGCGUUUUGGCAGAUGAUAAGCGGCCCAUAUGCCAAAGAGGGGGGAUAGAUUCUUUCCUCUUAACAACCACCCAGUCCCUCGGAAAACUUUCUCAUUUGCGUAUCUGGCACGACAACUCCGGGUCCAACCCAUCUUGGUACUUCAGCCGCAUGCUGGUUGAGGAUCUGCUGACCGGGGAGAAGUAUUACUUCAUGUGUAAUCGUUGGCUGGCGGUAGAAGAAGACGACGGACAGAUUGAUCGCGUCAUUCCCGUGGCAGGAAAGAACGAAAUGACAAACUUCGAUUAUCUUUUCUGGUCAAAGACAAAACGCAACCUAUCCGAUGGCCACAUCUGGUUUUCUGUAUUAAAGAGACCGCCGAGAAGCAAAUUCACCAGAGUGCAACGCCUGACGUGUUGUAUCUCCCUUUUAUUUUCCACGAUGGCUACAAACAUCAUGUACUAUGGUGCAGAAUCCAGUGUGGAUUCUCCAACAAUGUUGACUAUCGGACCCAUCAAGUUCUCACUCCAUGCCAUUUACAUUGGCGUCAUUACCAGUCUAAUUGCGUUUCCGAUUAAUUUGAUCGUGGUGGCAUGUUUUCGGUACCGUCACGAAAAGCCCUCAAAGAAGAAGAUGCGAGGUGACGCCACUGAUCAGGCUUCGCUCCCAGAGAUAAGUAUAACAAGCGAAGAACGGCUGUCAAAAGAGUUAGAACAACAGCGCGAAUUUUUAGACACUGGUGACGAAAACAAGCGCACCCUUCGAUUAAUGACUCCUCGACCAGCAUCAAAACAAGGCACAGUAAGGCCGUCGACAGCAGCGACAGGAUACACCGGUCAGUGUUUGCCCGCUUAUGUUACACCCACCUCGGGACAACUAAACGCACGCCCCCAAACCUGCCGGAAGAAAGAAAUGAAAAAUAAGAAAAAAUGGCGCCUGCCCUGGUGGUUCAUUUUCGUUGGUUAUUUCCUUGCCUUUGUUACCAUCGUGGGCGGGUUUUAUUACUGUGUCGAGGUUGCCGCUGUCUUCGGGGAAAAGCUUGCUAUGGAGUGGCUAGUGUCUUUCCUGACUGGGAUAGUAGAAUCUGUAUUCUUUACUCAACCGUUAAAGGUCUUACUGUUCGCACUUUUCUAUGCCUUGGUCAUUCGAAGUCCAGAGAGUGAUGAAGAUGAGGAAUACUCGGAUCUGCGCGAUGAUGAGGAGUAUCUACACGCCAAGACUUUAAUGGAGACCAAGACCGGGAAAGACAGGAAUUCCAGGGGAGCCAAGACGUAUCCACCGCUUGACGAGCAAGUAGUUAAGGCGGCCAGGGACCUAAGAAUAAAAGAGCUUGAAAUGCACAAGAUCAUCAGAGAAAUAGUGUUCUACUUUGUAUUUCUACUGCUGUUGAUGAUGUGUGCCUAUGGUAACAGAGACCCGUGGUCCAUAUAUCAGAAAGAAAACGCACACAGCAUCUUCUUUGAUGGGCAUGUUACAGCAAACUCGACAUAUCUUGGGAAAGAGUUCCCAAUUUGGAAGGUAAAAUCUCGAAAAACUUUCUUUGAUUGGGCUGAACGAACCCUGAUUCCAGCGUUGUAUAACGGAGAUUUGGAGUGGUACAACGGCGCCGUGGCAGCCUGGGCAAGAGGCUUCAUUGCCGAUAAACAGAACUACUUGGUCGGUGUGGCAAGGUUACGACAGCUCAGAGUGAAACCAUAUUCGUGUGACCUCCCGAAAAUGGUUCGCAAUACAAUUAAAGAAUGUCGAUCUGAAUAUGAAUGGAUAGAAGAAGAAACUGGUUCCUUUUUGCCGGAAUGGAAACCUGUAAAUGACAGUGGUGUGUCGCCGUCGCCAGGGCAACAGUGGUCAUUUCAAAGUGCCUUGGACCUUAAAGGGUUCCCGUACUGGGGUCUGAUGACCACGUAUGGCGGUGGUGGGUACGCCUUUGAAUUAGGAACAACCUAUGAGUCCGCCCUGACAGGCAUCAAGGAACUCCGAUCGUCGCGUUGGUUGGAUAUCUACACGCGAGUUGUGUUUGUGGAGUUUGUCUUGUACAACGCCAACUUGAAUUUAUUCACCGUUUCCCAGACGACCGUCGAGUUUCCCGCUUCAGGGGGGGUUUUCUUAUUCCCUCGCUUCCACGUAUUCCGGCUGGACCGAUACGUGGGCACGGUUAUGUUUGUCAUCAUGGGUGCAGAAAUCCUAACAGCAGCGUUCUUCGCAUAUUUCUUGUACAGGGAAAUCAAGAAGAUCAUCAAAUAUCGAGGGGAGUACUUCAAGGAUACCUGGAAUGUGGUUGAAUUCUUCUUCCUGGCGGGGGUCACGGCAACCAUAGUUAUGUUUGCCUUCAAGUUGGUCACCGCCAAGCUGACCCUGGGAGAAAUCGCCGCAGAACCGACGAAAUUUCACAACCUGCAGUACAGUAUUCUGUGGGACGAGAUAUAUGGUUAUAUGAUGGGCUUCAUCAUCUUCGUAGCCAACGUGAAGUUCUUGAAGAUUCUCCGUUUCAAUAAGACGAUGAAUUUGCUAGGACGUGUGAUGAAAGGGGCCGCUAAACCACUGGGUUACUUCUUCAUUAGCGCGGGGAUCGUCUUCUUUGCCUUCGUUCAGCUGGCGUAUAUUAUGUUCCACACCGUAUUGCUGGACUUCAUGAGCAUCAUCACGACGGUGGAGACUUUGCUAGUCAUGCUGAUGAACAAAUUUGACUUCUUCGCCUUCAACGACGCCGAUCGCGUUUUUGGUCCCAUUUUCUUCAUGAUCUAUACAGUGACAGUAUCCUUCAUUUUGAUAAGCAUGAUGCUCAGCAUUAUUAUGGAAACCUACACCUCCGUUCGAUCAGAUCUCGAUAAAAAAGGCAAUGAUUAUGAAAUCAUUGACUUUACCAUCAGGCGACUGAAGGCGUUUAUCGGUAUAGGGUCUGGGCCAAGAAAUGAUCUACAGUUACACAGAUACCACGAAUACACUGAAGGUGAAAAAGUCGGAGUAAAAGAAUGCGACGAUCUGAACGACAGGAUGGGCGAACUCUUAGACCAUUUCGACAUGUACAUCAAGAAGUCCAGCCAAACGAAAGAUUUGUUCGACAUGAUGGUUCCUAAUGAAGAAAUGGCAGACGACGAUCCAAGUGAUCACAUGAAAAAAGCCAAAGCAAAGAAAAAGCUUUACUUUGCUAAUUAGAUGAACCGUUUAGAAACUUGAACCAACCAAUUAUUUUACUUAUUUUCCUUCUCUGUCCUGUGACUGGUUGUAUUGCUACUUUUUAAUUCAUUUGGAGUCGAAAUAGUUCAUGUUUAACGUGUAGCACAUUUUGAUUUUAAGUCGCUUCUUAUAUUUAUAAAGAUAUUCGGGUUUUAGUUUAAAUACGUAUGAAGAGGAAGGUGAUGUUUUGGCAUUUGUCAUUUUACGUAUCACUGGUGGUUCCAUUGAUGUUACAAUUUUUGAAAAGAGCUACAAAAAACCUGAUAGGAACGAUUGAUUGGGCAUAAAUCCGCCUAGGAAAACUUACUGGCGGCCAUAUUAUCAGUGGCAUAUGCAUACGAUUGUUGUCCGUAAAAAAAGAGCACUUUUUGGGUUUUACGCACGUUUUAGGACAAGGAGAUCAAUAUUUCUCCGUAUGUGAAACAUUUAUUGAAACGUUUGAAACCUCCCGCGGAACAUGAUACGGUUCUACUUUAAGACAAGAAAUAACGGAUAACAACUAAUUCUUCGUGUAUUUUUUAUCUCUAUGCUGAACGGUGUACGUUUGUGCCAUUAACAUAACGAGAAGUCAAAGGGCUGUAAUAAGUUCAAUGACUUGAUAUAGCGAUUAUGCUUUACAUGUUGAAACAAUGUGUAUUACUGAUGUUUCUAAUGAAUGUGGCAUA